CGAAAGAGAAACAAAAUGAUUGGAUUUGAAGCUAGUGGAAGUUCCACCAUCAACUCCAGGUUCAAGAGCGCAGUGACCUCUUCAUACUCCUCUUACGAUGAAAGAAACCCUCUCCUUGCUGUACGUGAUCGAGAAUCUGGCUCACCGGAAGUGAUAAGACCUUGCUACUACUUGUUGCAGAUUCUGGGCAUGUGGAAACCUCAAAACGGAAAAUUUGGAUUCACCUGGCGUGUUUAUCGUAGUUUUGUGUGUAUCUUGUGGCUGGGAUGUCUUGCAGCUAUCAUGUGUCUGGAUUUUGUGCACUACGGCUUUGAUAAAGAAAAGAUUCAUGAAAGAGAGAUUAUAAACAGUGUUUGCACAUGCCUGAAUUUCUUGUGUCCGUUCGUGUUUACUUUGUAUUAUUUCAAACACGGAAGCUAUGUCGAACUCGUUUUCAGUGUGCAAAAUGUUUCACAAGAGUGGAAAGAAAAGCUGAACCGAAUUUCACGAUGGUACACCCUGGCUUCAGUUUGUCUCUGGGGACUUUGCGUCACGUUUCUCAUGUUUCACUGGUUUCCGUUCUUCUCCAAAUGGUGGCAUUAUGGUCUAUACGUUCCCGCUGUUGUUUAUAUUUCAGGUUGGUGGAGCACAUGGUUAAGCUUAUAUGGAUUUGUUUGCCACGUUCACAGUCUACAAAUUGACACUGUUGUAGAAGAAAUGAAGUCAAGAGAAUACAAACCAACAACCAUUCUACAAAAACACUUCCAAUUACAAACUUCCCUGGAACGAACACAGAAGGAUUUUAAUCUCAUUAUUUCAUUGGCUCUAGCAUACCACGCCCUGGAUCUGAUCAUUUUUAGCUUUGCUUAUUUUAGUUCAGCCUUUGGCAAAGAUUAUCCGAUAUGGCAAUACAUUGGUGCUGUACUUUUUGAUCUCAUUAGCAUUAUAUUUAAGCUGUAUCCACCGGCCAUAGUUGCAGCAGCAUCACAUCGCUUAGUGGCACAGGCCUCUAAAAGAUGUCAGUCGCAGUUAGCCCCCUUAACGACCGAUCUCCCUUUUGAAGAUAUGCAACUAUUUCAGUACAUGGCUUGGCGUGAGUCAGACAUGGGACUAAAGAUUCUUGGAAUUCGCAUCACUGUGGAACUAGCAAUGAAAAUCCUUAUGACCAUUAGCACAGCUGCGAUAUCAUUUGUAGCUUUUGUUAUUCCCAAGUUGAAUAAGUAAAUAAGUGAAUUUUAUAAUAUGGCUAGCUCUGUGAGCAGACAAGAUAAGUGAAAUGUUGUGCUGUGAUUGGCUAGCCAAUUAGCCUGAGAACACAGAGUGACGUAUCUCCGGCUGUUGCUAGUUGUCUCCUGAGACAAGCAAUAGCUGGAAAUACAUCUGUGUUAACAGGCUAGUAGCCAAUCACAUUUAACCCCAGUUGAAGAAGAAAAUUGCCAAUCUAUGAAUCAAUAAC